AUGGGAGAUUCUCAACAACAAGGCACGAAAAAGAGGGCAGUCUAUGAACCGUGGACUAAGGAACAAAGCGAUGUAUUAUUAGAAAUUUUGGUUGAGUCUGCAAAACGGGAAUGGCGUGAUAAUAGUGGUAUAUUUAGCAAAGCAACUGUUGAAGAAAGAAUACUACCUGUUUUUAAUAAAAGACUUGGGUGUAAUAAGACUUGUAACCACUACCUAAGCCGUAUCAAAUGGUUUAAGACCCGUUGGACUGCUUAUUCAACACUCAUGAAGUUUAACUCUGGUUUUGGCUAUGACAACACCGCUAAAAAGUUCACGGCCCCGGAUGAAGUUUGGGAUGCAUACUGUCAGGCUCACCCAAAAGAUGCAUACUUGCGCCAUGGGAAUUGUUCGGAUUAUGAAGACUUGGAAAUUGCUGUUGGAAACGGUGUGGCGGUAGGGAAAAACUCAAUUGGAUUGGGCAGUGCUACUGAUGCUAGGACACUAGGAACUGAGGAAAAUAGUGUUCCGCACAUAGAGGAUUUGAAUUAUGAUGCUGAAAUUGAGACGUUUGUAGGACUUACUCAAGACGAUCCGCCAUCAUCCGGUUCCAAAUCACCUUUGGUAUUUCCUGAAGUGUCUGUGGAAUCCAGUCAGAGAAGAGCUCCCGUCAAAAGAAGUAGAGGUCAAUUUGAGAUAAAUUCUGGUCACAUUGAAAAUAGUUCGAAUCAGGAAGUCAUGGCAGAAAUCAAGAAAAUCACUACUACAAUAGAAGGAGUUCAAAGCCUCUUGGUGAAACGAGAUACUAUGAUAGAGAAGAAAGAAAGGGGAAAAACUUAUACAACUUGGGAUGCUAUCAAAGAAAUCCAAGAUUUGACUAAAGACGUUCGCACCGAAGCAUUUGACUUGCUUGAUACCAAGACCAAAAAAGAUGGAUUUUUGAGAAUGACUGUUGAUGAACGUAAAAGAUGGAUAACUUUCAAGAUUAGACAGCGUAGGGAAUAG